AUGGCAGCCACGAGUAGAACGCUGUUUCUCGGUGAUAUACCGUAUGGAGUGACCGAGGACGAUGUUGCAAAAGUACUACGAGGUGCUGGUCAGGUCAGCAUCAGACUAGUGGACCGAGGUCGAGACAGAUCAAAGGGUAGUUAUGGGUUUGUGGACUUUCCAAAUCACGAUGCCGCAGCUCGUGCUCUUGGUACCAUGACAGGACUGAUGCUAGGAGGUAAAGUGCUCAGACCAGAGUUUUCUACCAAGCCAUUAGCAGGAGAAGGUCGUGGUAAUGACCCGAGACGACGGGGUCGGACCGGUCGAGAUCGAGAAAGAGACCGUGACAGAGAUAGAGAUAGAGACCGGCGAGGAGGUGGUGGACGAGACCGUGAUAGGGAUCGCGGUCGUGAUGGCGGUCGAGAACGCGAUGGAGGAAGAAACAGAGAUAGAGACCGCGAGCAGGAUCAUCGUAUGGAUCCCAGAAUGGACCCACGAAUGGACCCUCGAAUGGACCCUAGAAUGGAUCCCCGUAUGGAUCCCCGUAUGGAUCCACGAAUGGAUCCGAGAAUGGAUCCCAGAAUGGAUCCCAGAAUGGACUCCCGAAUGGAUUCCAGAGACCCCCGAAACGACCCCCGAAACGCAUACCCUGAUCCAUAUGGCCAGAGCAGCAAUAACAACAACUACAACAACAAUUACAACAGCAAUAACAAUAACAACUACAAUAAUAAUAACUACAACAGCAGCAAUAAUAACUAUAACAAUAGCAAUGACCAGCGACAGCCAUCUCCGUACGGCAACCAAACCACACCUCAGCCUGCCGUGUCCACUUCAACCCUUCCAUCUAACCUCAUUGUCGACGAUAACAUCUCACGUACCUUAUCACACCUGGCACCACUAGAACUGUUAGAAGUGAUCAGUUCAGUGAAAAAGCUGCUAGCCACGAAUAACGGAGCAGCCAAAGCAUAUGAACUACUCCAUUCAAACACGACUCUUGUCUACGGAAUUGUUCAAGCACUAUUACUUAUGGGUCUUGUCGAUGCAAAUGUCGUGACCCAGGCUGUUCAAGGAGAUUCUCAAGACCAACAACCCCAACAAAUGGAACAACAAUUCACACAACGCCAGUUAGAACAGCAACAGCACCAUCAACCACAACAACAAUCAUACCACACUCCACCACCACCUCCACCCCCUUCUUCUGGCGGACUCAACACAGCACUGGCAUCACUCGAUCCCCAACAAGCAGCACUCGUCAAACAAGUGCUCGACCUCACCGACGAGCAAAUCAGUUUCCUCCCCGAAGACCAACGCACCACCAUCUAUGACCUCCGCGACCGGUACCGUCGCGGCAUCUUCACCUAG